CGCAUGCAAAUAUCUCGUAGCCAAGCGCCAAGUUACUCUCAAGCAGAUUGACUUUCUCCGACAGAAAUUUCUUUACGAAAUUCUAAAUGGCGUUAUAUUGUCAAAUUACAAAAACACAGCCCAGCGGGCAAUGCCGUGAUUAACAAUUGGCGAUCAGGCACUGCCGCACUGUUGCACAGCCCCGUUUGAAGAAGCUACCGAGUACCGACCGACCUCCCUUUUUCGCAUUUGCGUUUUUGUAUCUCUUUGGUGAGUUCCUGAACGGCACGUCAAGGUCCGAAAUUGAAUGUGUUUUUAUAUAAGUGGUUUGGUGAGGAUUGGGUCUAGACUCUGGGCGACGCGUAAGCCCGCUAAUGGACUAAGGGAGAGUGAAUCCUGUUAUACCCGGCGUAUACAUGCAUCCUUCAACAUGAAGAUUGAUGAAGUGCUGGGAUUAUGGCCAAAGAGCUGUUUUGCUCCAGGUGUUCUGGGCAGGGUCCAAAAGGUACUGCAAUCGCUGAUGCAGACGAUCACUAGAAGCCUGCCAGAACUCGACAGCCUGCGGCGCAACAGCAUAAACAACCCAACCCUCAGAACUCAGCUCUUCUCCUUCAAUCUCAUGACUUUUCACGGCUUCCGCCAUCUUGGCUUCCAGUUCAUGCGGGUCAUUAAGUGGUUCGCUCUGCCUCGACACCUUGGCAGUGAUCUUGGCCAUAGCCGAUCUUGCCGUCCAAUCCUGCUCACACUCACUUCUCGGGAGAGCAUUUGCUUUACCGCGUAAGCGGAUCUGGCGUCCGAUCUUGGGCCAGUAGAAAGUAAGCGCGACGUUGUUGUUGGUUGAGAUUUGAAGACCUUUGGGGCUGGUGGCUUUGAUGGCGAAGUGCCAGCCGCGGUGGUCGAUGUUUUUUAGUAUAAGGACGCGUGCAUCGGGACAGCCUUGGGAAUCGACUGUUGCAAUGGUCAUGGCGUGGGGUUCGGGGACGUUGGCGGUUAUAGCCUCGUCGAGCCAUUUCUCGAAUGCGAGAUGAGGGGUUGAGGGGAAUGAAGCGAGUUCUGCUUUUGGAUGCGAAGCUCCUUCUAGGACAGGAAGGGCGCGAAGCUUGGCUUGGAGUCCGGUAUUUGCCAUUGUGCAGGUCUUGAAGUUACGUCUGGCUAUUUGAUUAGAUGAAGCGGUAAGUUGGCGGUAUUUAAGGCAAACCAAGGUGGUGAGUGUGACUCCCACUCUGAUUCUGGAAGUAUCAUGGAUGAUCACCUAACCCGUAUCUGAUUCACCAUGAGCCGGUAUCGGAUUCAAUUCUGUCAUAUAUCGAUGCGUUUUACAGCAAGACGAUUUAUAUGAAAACUUUGGUAACACAAUUAUUUAACACGAUUGCAACAGGAAUUCUUUACAUUAACCUGGUUUAUCAUGGCGGUACGUGUCAAGCCUAACUAGCAUGGCUACGCAUCUACAGAGUACUCAGGUUAACAAGUGUUGGAUUCUAUACCACUCGAUAGAGACAAAGGAAGAUGAAUUGUCAAAGAGCUAUCUUUUCUCUGACUCGAAGGACCGGUUGAGACAGUGACUCGCGUGAUCCGAUGGCGCGUAUCUCAGUGAGGCAAGAGACUCCAAGAGCAAGAAUACACCUUCACAAAUAAACAAACGGGUAUAUCAACGUAAGCGCACGGACAAUUCAUUGAAAAGCGUCGGAAAGGACGUCUAUUUCUUAUUAAUCUCUAUUUUUAGCUUCGGAUUCAUGUAGAGUUGUCCGUUGGUCCGCUUUCGUGAUAUGAGCUUGGUACAUAUUGAAGAAGCUUUCUCGGCAUUGAGCGAAAGGACUCGUUCUUAUGUAUGACAUGACCCUCCAAGUUCAGUCGUAGCCAAAUGGCGAUUCAUCCUUGCGAAGAGUCUUUACUGGCUCACAAGCUUGCGAAGAGAAGACUCAACCUGACUCUCCUUAUCCCCCAAUCGUCCAACCUCCUUGCCCUAAAUCUCAUUAACUCACAUCCGCAACUAAUUCCAUUCGUUCAACUUACAUCUUUGUACUUCACGACAGUAGGAACACCAUUGAUGUUAUAAGGUGGAAGGCGAUACUUGUUCUUAGGCGUAGCUCUCCACUCCUCACGCGAACCCACGCGGACGAUGUAAGCGGUAGGAUCAGAAGCCCCGCCAAAAACAGCCUUCAGCGCGGGGAGCGCAUCGCGGCAGUCGGGACACCAUGAGGGCUCGCCUGAGGCGAAGUAGACGACGUAGUGAGUGUCGGUGGAGGUAGGUGGGGUGUUGGCGUCGAUGAGAGGCAUUUUGGCGGUGUUGCAGGUGAUGAUAUCUUGAGGAUGGAGAGGAGGGAGAGGAGGGUUGAUGAUGGGUUUGAGAUGUAGGAUUGAAGGAUUAAAUGGGCGGGAGGUGAAGUUUAAUCGGGGUGAUAUGUCAGCGAAGAUUCUCGAGCAAGACGCCAUGUCGCAAAAACUCAACUCGGUGUCUGAUGACUAAGACAGUGCGUAGCUCUGUUAGCACAUGGCAAUUCGUGCGAAUGUGGCGGUACAUGACAGUGCGCGCUUAUUGUCCUAGUACUUAUAUACACCUGUCAGUUUAUUUUCGCAAGCCUCUAUCGAAUGUCCACCAGCUGAUGAAUCACUAUGCACUCAAUUUUCUAACAUUUGACUCUAUUAUCGAACGUUGCCAUGUCCUCGACUCCACGAAAUGGCACAGUGAAAUGAGCGGGGCUCGUCAUAUGACGAAAACCCUGAACGAAUG